AUGCGUUCUCUAAUUAAAGGACAUCGGCGUUCUGAUUCGUCAACGUCAGACUUGAGCUCGCCUGUAGAUCAAACUCUUGUUCGAGGGCCGCCACCCAGAACAGAUGCGUCUCCCAAUAUCCCGUAUCUGCCAUUGCAUAUGACGCCGCCUCCUACGUUUGGUGGGUCCAAUCAAUCAGCCAUGAGUUCACCCAAGAAGCUACUAACGCCCAUCAAGAAGAUGUUUGGCCACCAUAGCAAAAAUGGGAAUCUCAGCGCGACAGUAGACUCUCUCAACCUGGUGGUUUUUGGCGAGUUCGAGCCGCCCAAGGGCCGAAAACCAAUUGGUGCUAAUUCUCUUACCAACUUGGCUGACCUACGAAACCAGCCUUACCCUGUGCAUAGCCCCAAAAUUCAUGGAUACCGUUCCCUGUCACUGCUUGAGGCGCCAAGCCAGAUCAAAUUCGAACAGUUGGUCAAUGUGCAGCCUCCAAAGCUAGCGCCCAGCGGAGAUAGCUGGUCAGAUGGUUCACACGAAGUUAAGCCACAAAUCAAGAAAACCUCCUUCACUUUCGAUUCGAAACUGGAGCUAGAUACAGUGGAGUCUCUAUUGGAGCCCGAUGUUCUUGCUUCUGGAGCCUCUAUAGACUCGGACUUUCUCCCACCCUCAAACAAAAGCACGUUCAUGUCGUCAAUUAAAGCUGACUCAGAGACUCUCUAUGAGGCAGAUGACGACGAGCGAGACUCUGAUACCUCGUCGCAGUUUUCUUUCGUGAAAGACAUGGUGGGCGGAAGAAACACGUCCAUCAAGUAUUACAAGACCAAGUCACAAAUGAAGAAAGCGCAACCCACAAAAGACUUUUUAGGUGUGGAGGAUCUAGCUUUCGAUGAUGAGGAUGCAGGUUCAGAUUACGAUUUCGAAAAUAAUGGACUCGAUGAUGAUGACAUCGACUAUGACGACGAUGGGGGCUUUGAGGCAAACGAUCGCUUCAAUGAUUUCUUGUCCGAGGAGUCAGUUCCAAUACCUCACCCAGACGACGAAAUUCUCAAACCUCCAACGCUUGUUGUCAGAAACGAUUCUGGAGGUGCUUCAUCUUCAUAUGGUCAAAGUGAUUACGAUGACGAAGAUCGCUUCGCUGGCUCCCCUAUCAGAGAUGCUAACAAUUCGUUUAGUCAGCUAUCGCAAAUCCGCUCUCCAGGUUAUGGCGACGAUUUCCUUGACUCUUAUCUCGACAAGUCCCGCCUGCCCCUACCUAUAACAACACGUUCUCUGGAUCUGAGUCUUCCAUCUGGUGGAAAACAGACGGCUGACCUGGAAAGGCAACAAAGUCUUCUACUUCCGGGUGAUUUGGCCCAAUCAGGACUCAAAAUUAGUCUCAGAGAAAGUGGAGAUCAAGUGACCAAUGUAAAGAAUCUGAAUUUGGCGGAAAAGCGUAAAUCUAUAACAGACAUGAUGGGAAUUCUUGCGUCUUUAGAAUCUAAGCCCACACUGUCUGAGGAGCCUGGCUCCGUCUCCUCAGUAUCGAAUAUCUUGUCUAUGCUAGACAAAUUGGAAGACAAUAGCGAAAAAGUCGAGAAGUCGGAUAAUACAAACGCAUUUCUGCAAGUGAAGGCAAGCCUUACUUCUCUUGAGCAAUCUGUUUCGGCAACUUCGCCCGAGGCAAAAGCACAAAUGCGUCAAUCGAUCGCAGAUAUGAUGAACACACUCUCUAUUCUCGACAACCAUCUCGAAAAGAAGACGACUUCUGAUAAGUAUAAAAGCAAAAUGUCCAAGAAGCCAUUCAAAGAAGCAACUCCCUCUAGAAAGCGGUACUCCUGGUGCAAUGAAGGUGAGAAGCCAGGCGUUUCGGUUGAUAAUGGCUAUGAUGAGAAUGGUUCCGAGAACCUCAACGGAUCCCUUGACCAGGAUCUUAUCGAUGAAAUCAAUUUAAUACCUGAGGAUUUUGAUUUUGAUAACCAACCACAAGCAGAACACAAAGAUGGAUCCGGGUUCUACAGAUCAAACUCAUACAAUAAGAAGCCCGAGAAAUUGGUGAAAGACUUCAAUUAUCAAGACAACAAGAUCCACACAUCAUCAAAAACGGUCACUUUCUACCGCGGAAAUCUGGAACACUCACUUAAUGCCAUUCCCAGUAGAAUGGGAUCAAACAAGUCGAUGACAUCAUUUACCUCCAUUGAUGAUCAGGACUACGAUGUGCAAUAUGAUACGGCAAAAAAGCAUGUUCAGUUCAGGAACGGAACACAUCACCUUCACAACGUACACGUUUCUUCACCACUUUACUUUAUGAGUAGUGACUCAAUAAGUAGGAGGUCGAAGAAUUUGGAGUCAAUUGAUGAAAGCGACAUUGCAAGUAUCUAG